GUUGACAGUCAGUGUUGCCGAAAUUUUUCAAGAAACAGUUGACUUGCUCCCAAAUUGUUUAAAAAUGUAGCUAAAAUCAAACAGUGUUUAAUUAAAAAAAAAAUCCAACUCUAUUAAUCUAAUGUGGUAUCAUUUCGUGCACUUGAAAUAAACGCAGUAUACUGAAAAAAAUAAAAAUUAAAGCCAUUAGUUCGCUUUUAUUUUGGCUAAGUGAAUAACAUAACUGGACUUGUAGCUAAUAACUGUGUUAAUUUUGUUGUAACAAUCAGCCUUUAAAAGUAGCCAAAUCUAGCUACAAAUUGUCUGAUUCGGCAACACUGGGCGAAUUGGCGUCGGGGCGAAUUUAAUCGAAGUCGCCGCGCUAAACACAAGCACGCCUCCGAAUUGUUGAAAAUUUACAUAAAUCGCAAAGAAAUUAAAAUAUUAAAAAAAAGAGCAUAGAAAAGCAAACGCAAUGUCUAGUUUUUCGCCGAACCAAAUGCGGCAAUGCAGCCGGAUGUCAGGCGCACCGUGCAACCCGGAUAAGGAACAGCAGCUACGCGACCAAAUCCAUAACGAGCUGGCCAAGAUCAAAUACUGCGCCAAUCCAAGCUACGAGUGUAGCCAAAUGCGCAUUGAAGGGUCUGACUAUUGCAUCCGUCAUAUAUUGCGGGAUCCCCGUGGCAAUUACCGUCAAUGCUCCCAUGUGUAUUCGAAUGGAAGGAAAUGCUUAAACGCUGUGGCCAAGUUUGACAACAAGAAAGAACAAAUAAUGACCACCCUGUGCUUUGAGCACAAUCGCCAGACACAGCUACAGAAGACCCACUUGUCCGUUGGUCGUCUCCGGAGUCGUGUUGAGACAAAUGAGACGCUCCUCAACAAUCUCGCCCACCAUGUUAAUGUGGAUGAUAUCAAACCCGACUUGCCGAAACCAGAACCUGAUGAUGAUGAAAUCGAUGUGGUGUCGCCGUAUGUUGUGCCAUUUGUUAAUCAGGACCAUCGCAACAGCAUUGGUCAUAUUGUGAGCAAUGUGCGUAAACGUCCCCGUAUAUUGGAUUAUGCUUCGGAUAGCUCUAGCCAAGAUGAAGAUCCACCAUGUCUAAGAAAUACAGCCAAAGAUUUGGAAUUUUAUGAAUCCGAUUACGAAAGUGUGGAUUCCGAAGAUGAUGAUCCCCUCAAGCAUGCUGGUGUCUACACUCGUGCCGAAGCUGUUCGCAUUGGUGAAUCAAAGUUAAUUAAACUCAGGGGACUGUACAUGGAGCAGUUUACCCAUUUGCAGCAAGUUCUAAAACAACGUCGACGCAAAUAUCUCCACGAAAUACGCAAGGAAAGGGAGACCUACUCUAGCAUUCAUGACCAGCUUAAGGAAACGCCACAUGAGCGACAACUUUAUGACCAAUUGAAGGCCUUAAACAGCUAUCAUCGCCGCCAGGGUGUGGAGGCAGUGCUACAUAAGAAAUUGAAGGAGAAGCGGCAAAGGGACACAGUACUCAUUCAGAAAUCGAGCAGCACACCCAAAUGUGUUUUCACUGAGGGCGGUGUCAAGUGUGGAGAGCGUACAUUGCCUUGUUGUAAGCAUUGUCGCAAACAUAUACUGGAAGACAAGCGUCAGGUGCUCUUCCGAGCCUGUGGGGUGGAGCGCAGCGGUGUUGUGUGCCAAGAGCCCGUGGCCAGCAUUUUGGAGGAUUCUACUUGUGUCCUACAUUUAAGUGUGGCGACGGCUAAACGCCAGUAUAUACAAAAGUUUUAUGAAAAGCCGACCACACAGCCGUUAGAAAGCAUUUUCGCAACUGGGCAUGGUUGUGAUGUACGUGGUGAUGUUGGUGGUGUGGAUGGUUUUGUUGUCGAUGACGACAAUAAUUCCGAUUCCGAGAUGAUGCCGUUAGUUGAUCGUAUGGAGAGCCCCCUCUUCGACCUGCCAGGUGGCUUAUUUGAUUUUGAUGUGUGCACGGCCGAGGAUUUGGCCAAAUCUUUAGAUGAUGAUUGCACUUUCUUAUUGGACAUUGAAGACAGUGAACUGGGCCUGGAGCUUGGGGAUAAUCAUAAUCUAGACAAUGGCACGAAUUUCGAUUUUGGCGAUAUUGAAAAUGGGGAUUCGAAUGCUAUGUCUAUUGAUAGUCCCUACGCUGAUAUGCCCAUCAGUCCGUAUACCGAUAUAGAGGAUACCGAGAAUCAAGAUCCGAAUGCAAUGCCAGUUUCCAAUCCCUAUUCCAAUAUAGAGAAUGCAGAGUAUCAAGAAUCCAAUGCAAUGCCGUUUUCAAGUCUCUUCACCGAUGUAGAACUUAAUGAUAAUGAUCAAUAUUCCAACGCAAUGCCAAUUUCAAAUCUCUUUGACAUAGUUGACUAUAAUACGAGUGAGAGUCAAGAUUCCAAUGCAGUGCCAGUUCCAAAUCUAUAUUCCGAUGUCGUCGACUUUGUUGAGAAUCAAGAUCCAAAUGCUCUAUAUCCAAAUAUUUUAAAUGAGGCUGCAUCCGGCUCAAGUGGCGUAUGCCCAAUUCCAAAUCCAGAUCAAAGUUUUCAAUUAAAUGAAACUACAAGUAGUGUCAGUGAGGUCUUGAAGAUACUCGAGGGCAUGGAGGAAUUGCCUUGGUUCGAUGCGCUGCUUGACUAGAGAGAUUCAUCCACUUCAAUCAAUCAAUCAAUCCAUCAAUCAAUCAUUAAACCUACUAACUAAAUGCGAAUCUGAGACAGAAGAAGAGGACCAACAGUCAUCAUCGGUGAUCAAGAAAGAGGAGGAGG